AGUAAAAAGGGCAUGUUCCUCUCAUAUAUUUAAUAAAACUUUUGAUAAAAAGUUAAAAAUUAUUAGCAACUAAACACCGAAUUCAGGAAAGAGUUAAACCCCUAAAAUAUUGAUUAGCUCAUCCAGGUUCUGUAAAUUCAGUUAAAGAUAUGCCCUGACUGCAGGUGGAGCUGAAUUUGAGCGCUUACGAGGCCACAAAGCAUGCCCUGGUGCUGGGCAGGUUGAUCCGCGACCUGAAGGCACACUUCAACGAAAGAUUUGAGGCAGUGAAGCAGGAGAGGUGGGCCAUCGUUGACGAGUGCGUAGACAAGUUAGACAGCGAGCAACGCGCUCGUCUCGGUGUCUCCCACGACCUGGACCUGGCGAAAGUGGUUAUGAUGCAGGAAGAAAUCAGGGCCGCACCGCCCAAGGAAGCUGUUACUCUAUCCCUGAGCGAGAAGAACUUAAAACGGCUCGAGGAAAGCCUCUCAAGAUUUGACGAACGGCUGAAAUCUUUGCUGAAGUUCCGCAUUCAGGUCUGCACGGCCGUGACUCAGGAGGAGCUAAAGGUGGCCCGUAUCAAGCUGUGGAUUCUGGCGCAGUCGAUUCUGCUGGCCGACGAAACCAAGACUAGGGAGGAAUUGAAGGAGUGUUCGGAUGCCGUCGACAAGCUGUCCAAGCGCAAACAGGCGCUGCAGGUCAAGUUUGAAAGAAAACGCCGGCGGCACGAGCGGCUCAAAGCUCAGGACAAGCGACAGGAUAAAACCUUCCAGCAGCACUUUACGCAGAACACGCCGCCAGCCGUGGUCCAGCAGCUGUCCAAGCUGUACAUGCGGAGACCAGCCAUAAAUCUUUCGGCAAGCCAGCUGCGCCUGCUUAACAAAGACUUGCAGCAUAUCGGUGUCAAACCAAAUGGGCCAGGAGAGGAGACGAAAGCCAUCUCGGAGGACGAGUCAGAUGAGGACAGCGCCGUGCAGCUCAGGGAGCCCUGCAAACUGUACAUGGCCGCCCUGAAGAUCAUGGACGUGACCACCAAGAAAGCCAGCGUCGACAACACUGCCUGGCGAACCCUUUGCAAACUCAGGAGGGCCAAGGUUGAGGCAGAAAUAAAGGUCCAAGCAACAGCUCUGGAGUUGUCGGAAGUGGAGGGCACCCUGGACCAGGUCAACGUUGAACUUGCUGUGGAAAGCACCAGACAAAGUCGUCUGCAGGAAGAACUCGAUAGGAUUGUGAACAGAAAAAUUACAUUAUUGCUGGACAUUGAAUUGCAAAUUCUACUGCCGCUCGGCCAGAUCGAGGUGACCGACCUUCAUGACGCUCAGGUCGUCAACGAGGCUAUUUUGGUACCACGAAAGGUAGUCCACCAGAUAAACAACAGAAUCAGGGACGCUGGUGAGGCGAAGAGUAUUGCUUUAGCGAGAGCGGUGCGAUUUCGCGAGAGACAAAUGCAGAUGGCCCACUGGCAGCUGCAGAAGGCCGAAUUGCAGCUUCAGCUAGCAAAAGACGAAUUAAAGCAUAUUGAGAAAUUACCAAUUACAAGCGAAAUCAAGCGGUACUUAAAAGGCAGUCUACAAACAUCGAACAGAACCAAGGAAGAUGACUCUUACGAAAAGGAACUGCAGAAAAGACGCAAGCGCGAACUGACGGCACAGGUCGCAGAUCUCCAGGGGCAAAAGCGGCGCCUCCGGGCUGAAAACCUUGAACUGGAGCGACAAAUUGAACAGGCGCGACAGCUCGUGCAGCAGCAAAAACCAGAGCAAACCACCAAUCACCUCUUAAUCAAUUCAACAAGGUUAGCGAGUGAAAGGAGCAAACUGGAGCGGAAAUACCGGGAACAGGAGCAUCAGCUGGAGGAGCUGCGGGAGAAAUUGGAAAAGAUGAAGAUGAGAACCUUUCCGACACUGCUCAGUGUUUCCUUUUAAAAUGACACUUGUGGCUAAUUUUUAAAUUUUUCUUUAUUGUGUACCCAACAUCACAAACCAUUGCGUUCAUCAGAAGCAACAUCUGAAUAAUGCUAAACAUAGGUUAAUAACAAACAAUAACAAACAUGCAUUCCUGUGUCCUUGUAGAGAAGCAGUUUUUUUAAUUCUUUGGAAAUUUUCUUUGUGAAACACCAAAAAAAUUAAAACACCGGCUAAACUAUAAAUAUUUUGCACCGCCGGAGAGCUAUAGGGCCAGUGACUGCGUCCCAAUAAAAAACAUACAAAA